AUGGAGCUUCCCCAACCGCCUCAAGAUCAAGACCUGCGCAACAUUAUAGACAAGCUGGCUCAGUUUGUCGCAAGAAAUGGUCCAGAGUUCGAGAAAAUGACUAAAAACAAGCAAAAAAACAACCCUAAGUUCAGUUUCCUGUAUGGCGGAGAUUACUUCAACUACUACCAGUAUAAAGUGACUACAGAGCAAGCAAUUCUAAAGCAAUCGGCCGGUGGGCAGUCUGCUCCCGCGCCCGCCGGGGCUUAUAUGGCACAGAACAGGCAAUAUGUAAUGCCCCAACAGGGCGGUGCUACGGCCGCGCAGCUGGGCCUUGCAGCUUCGAUGGCAGUGGCACCAGCACUUCAGCAAUGGUUGGCAGCAAAUUCUGCCCCAUCAGCAGCUACCAGCCAUCACUCCCACGACAUUGACAACAUCAAUGCACAGAUCAACAUUCUUAAAGAGCAGAUAACUCAAUCAGAAAACAAUCUCAGUGCGCAACACACAGUGUUGAUACAGCAACAACAGGCUAAAAUCAAUGAACUGGUCAGCAAAGCUCAGGUGGAAACCAUCCAGAUCAUGGCUGAAGAAAAUAACAUCAGUCUCAAUGAACUAGACACCAUCCUUCAACCAAUAAUUGACUCCUGUACUAAAGACAGCAUUUCAUCAGGAAAAGGCUGGAUAUUGCAACAUGCAACAUCGCAUGACGCUGGGAAAGUUAUAUCGCAGCACCUCCUGAGGAAAGUCACUCAACCUGGGGCUGCAUUCACACAAAAGCUACACAUCAUUUACCUCGUAAAUGAUGUUCUACAUCACUGUGCACGCAAAAAUGCAGAAGAUCUCAAGAAAAAUUUGGAAAAUGUGGUGGUUCCAAUGUUUUGCAAUGCCAGUAUAGCGGUUACUGAAGAACAGGAGGCGAAACUUAACAAGCUGCUUCGCUUGUGGGAAUCCAAGUCGAAUUAUUUCGAGUCAGCCGUGAUUGAAAAAAUGAAGAGUCCCACUAGCUCCUAUCAAGAGUAUCAGAACAAUUUGAUAGCGCAGCAUUCUAAUGCCAUAGCGCAUUUAACACAGCAGACCAAAUCUACCUUUGAGAAUUAUCAAACUCAACACCAAGCAUUUGUCGCUCACACUAUGCAACAGAUACAGCAGCUUGAGAUGCAAAAGCAUGCUUUAGAACUGCAAAACCAGGAACAAAAAGACAAUAUGCAGCCACCAAAUCUCCAAGUGCCCUUCCAGAACAAUACUUUCACAGACCAGAACUUUCCACAAAUGGGUGGUUUUCAUGAGCAAAGCUAUAACUCAAGCAACCAGCAGUAUGGCAGUGAGAGUGGAGAUAACUAUGCUUCUAACAACAGUAUGAGUGGAAAUGAGAAUAGUUAUGACAGCCAAACAUUUGAUCAAAUAACAGGACAUAAAAAGAAUGAUAUUGAGGAGCCUGAUUUGUCAAACCUUCCAAAUGUCAAUUUCUCGCAACCGCCCCCUGGAUAUAUGCCACAAGAAAAUCCAGCAUUAUUAGCAUUCCAGAAUGGUCUUCCAGAUCUUAGUAAACCUCCACCUGGAUUUAUUCCAUUCCCAGAUAUAAAUAAUGAGGACUUAAUGCCUUCUGUACCAUAUUUUGAAUUGCCUGCUGGACUCAUGGUUCCUUUAAUAAUGCUUGAAGAGGAUCGUUAUAGACCUUUGGAUCCUGCAAUGAUUCGUCUCCCUCCACCAGCGCCGCCGAACGAGAGGUUACUGGCGGCCGUCGACGCAUUCUAUGCAUCGCCCAACCAUGAGCGUCCUCGAGACAAUGAGGGCUGGGAGAAACUGGGACUUUACGAGUACUACAAAGCUAAAAAUGCUGCACGGAAGCGCAAAGAAGAGGACAUCGCCCAGGGCAGAAGAGAGCGUUCAAAAUCACCAAGCCCUAUACCUAAAGAUCUACAGAAGCAACCCACACCCCCCGGAAGGAGAUACCGAUCAAAGAGUAAAACGCCGGAAAAGUCAUCACCAGUGCGGUCCAAGUCAAGAUCGCGAUCCCCAUCUCCACGACGGAAACAAACCAUGUGGAGGAGAGAAAGAGAGAGGGACAAUCGGCGUCGGUCGCGGUCAAGAUCAAGAUCCCGGUCCAGAAGCAAGUCGCGAGAACGAGAUCGGGACCGUGCGAGGGAGUCAUCGCCGCGGUCGCGACGAGUCGAACGUUCCAGAUCGCCAACGCCCCCCAGUUUUCUCGCUGCCUCCAACAACUCGUUUCCAACAACCUCUAGUGGUUUGGACCCUAGUAAUAAAGGUCACCAGUUACUGCAGAAGAUGGGUUGGAGUGCUGGUGGGCUGGGCGCCUCGGGACAGGGUAUCGCCGAGCCGAUCAGCGGGGGCGCGGUGCGGGAUCGACAGGACCAAUACAAAGGUGUUGGCGUAAACCUAAAUGACCCAUAUGAAAAUUUCAGAAAGAACAAGGGUGCAGCAUUUAUUACGAGAAUGAAGGAGAGAGCUCUCGAAAGGUCAACG